AUGAGCGAAGAUCGCCGCGCCUCAGCAUCUCCUGAGCUGAUCAGAGCCUUCGACAUGGCCAGGCUAGGUCUCAGCAAUAUUGAGGACGUGCCCGACGUCACCGACGCGUGGCUGUUCGUGGUCCCAGACGGCGAUGUGAUCCUAGUUGUGGGAGAAGGCGGGGUGAAGCUGAGAGUUCACUCUCAGGCACUUCGCAACGCAUCGAAAGUGUUCGACGCCAUGUUCGGACCUCACUGGGCAGAGGGGCAAGACCUCUCCAAGGAGAACCCGAAGGAGAUCAGGCUCGAGGAGGACAACUGCGACGCGAUGUGGAGAAUCUGUUGCGUGAUUCACCAUCGCAACGACCUUCUUGAUCGUCCAAAGGCAAAAGAUGUCCUCGAGAUUGCUAUCACGGCGGACAAAUAUGACCUCGGCAAUGCUCUAAAGUUCGCGAGCAAGGAGUGGCUGAGUUUCGACAUCGAUCAUUCGGAGAGCACAGCAUUCCUUAUGGUCGCAGCAUUUCUUUUUCAAGACUCUCACGCCUUCCAUCGACAUGUCCAGACUCUUAUCCUAGAUCAUACUCAAUCAUAUUGGGAUCUUUUCAGAGGCAGUGAGAUCCAAGAACUCAUACCUUUCAAGGCUUUAUGUAGGUAA